CCCAGCUCCGGGUCCCUGGACGGAAGGCCAUGGACGUCCGCCUGGCGUCGACGCGGCCGCCGCCGCUGCUGCUGCUGCUGCUGCUGCUGCCGCUGCUGCCAGCCGCCCGCGCCUCCGAGGCGGAGUUCCGGCUGUUCGAGCACCUGUUCGCCGACUACAACGAGAUCAUCCGGCCCGUGGCCAACGUGUCGGACCCGGUGAUCAUCCAGUUCGAGGUGUCCAUGUCCCAGCUGGUGAAGGUGGACGAGGUCAAUCAGAUCAUGGAGACCAACCUGUGGCUCAAGCAGAUCUGGAAUGAUUACAAGCUCAAAUGGAACCCCUCAGACUACAAAGGGGUGGAAUUCAUGCGGGUCCCCGUGGAGAAGAUCUGGAAGCCCGACAUUGUACUGUAUAACAAUGCCAUUGGCGAUUUCCAGGUGGAUGACAAGACCAAAGCUUUGCUCAAAUACACAGGAGAGGUGACCUGGAUCCCUCCCGCCAUCUUCAAAAGUUCCUGCAAAAUCGACGUCACCUAUUUCCCAUUCGAUUACCAAAACUGCACCAUGAAGUUCGGUUCCUGGUCCUACGACAAAGCGAAAAUCGAUCUGGUUCUCAUCGGCAAUUCCAUGAACCUCAAAGACUACUGGGAAAGCGGGGAAUGGACCAUCAUCAAAGCCCCGGGGUAUAAACACGACAUUAAAUACAACUGCUGUGAGGAGAUCUACCCCGACAUCACCUACUCGCUCUACAUCCGGCGCCUGCCUUUGUUCUACACCAUCAACCUCAUCAUCCCGUGCCUGCUCAUCUCCUUCCUCACCCUGCUGGUCUUCUAUCUGCCCUCCGACUGCGGCGAGAAGGUCACGCUCUGUAUCUCCGUGCUGCUGUCCCUCACUGUCUUCCUGCUGGUCAUCACCGAAACCAUCCCGUCCACCUCUCUGGUCAUCCCUCUGAUCGGCGAGUACCUCUUGUUCACCAUGAUUUUCGUCACACUGUCCAUCGUCAUCACCGUGUUCGUGCUCAACGUGCACUACCGCACUCCCACCACGCACACCAUGCCAGCCUGGGUGAAGACCGUCUUCUUGAACCUUCUCCCCAAAGUCAUGUUCAUGACCAGGCCGGUGGCCAGCACUGAGGGCAGCAGGCCCCCAGUCCCUGGGGCCUUCUCCGGGGCCGAGCUCGCCAAUCUGAAUUGUUUCAACCGCACCGAUUCCAAAAGCUGUAAGCCAGGCUACCCGUGUCCCGACACCGCCUGCCCCGCCUGCCAGCACCGCAGGGUCAAGAUCUCCAACUUCAGCGCCAACCUCACCAGAAGCUCCAGCUCCGAGUCUGUCGACGCCGCUCUGUCCCUCUCCGCUCUGUCACCUGAAAUCAGAGACGCCAUCCACAGCGUCAAGUACAUCGCAGAAAACAUGAAAGCGCAGAAUGAGGCUAAGGAGAUUCAAGAUGACUGGAAGUACGUCGCCAUGGUGAUCGACCGCAUCUUUCUGUGGCUCUUCAUCCUCGUGUGCAUCCUGGGGACCGCGGGCCUGUUCUUGCAGCCUCUGAUGGCCAAGGAGGAUGCGUGAGCCCAGAACCCUGUGUCUGAUGCUCACUGUGCACCUGCAGCUGAGGGAGGCUGUUCUUAAUAGCAACGCAUUUCCUGUGAUCAAGCUACCCAGCUUUGUUGUUGGCCCUUCAAGAUUUUUUUUUCAAUUCUAGUUAAGUUUGG